AGCCGACUAUGGAGAUCUGCAGUCUAAGACACAUUUUCUAUUUUCUUUUUCUCACAACAGCUGAGUGUAAGAUGACCAUACAUACAGAACCUACACUAAAAAUGGAUGAAGCGUUACUAACAGUCCGUAAUCAGAUGUCCUAUGAGCUUCAAGUUCUUUACACUUCAGAUUACUGCUAUAAGUGUCUAUACCAACCUUUGGCUAGUGUGGAAGUUGGACCAGGAAAUGUGUCUGUGGUGCUGAGCACACCAUUCACUCUGACUCUGAAAGCCUCACCUGUAAAUGCCACUAACACCUUGUGCAUCUUAAGCUAUCUAUUUGAAGAAGCAGGGCAUUAUUCUCUUUGGGUCACAUCUGGAGAUGCACUUGAUGUAACCUGCUAUAUUUCUCUAGAUAAGUUUCCACAUAGCACGUACCAACCUUUGUGGGUGGCUGUUCUUGUUCUUUUCCUUUUGGCUUCCAUUUGGGCCACUGUACCUUUUCUGUCCAGAUGUGGCUGUACAUCAAGGCUCAAAAAUCUUAUUUGCUGCUGUUUGGCUGAACACUCUAUGGAAAGCGAAGAGGCCCCAAAUCGAGCCAGCAUGGACCAAAGCCAAUCAAAAUCAGGCCGUUUAAAAUCAUUAGACACAUUUCGAGGCUUCUCUAUAACCCUCAUGGUGUUUGUGAACUAUGGUGGUGGAGGAUACUGGUUCUUUCAGCAUGCACCAUGGAAUGGCCUUACCAUAGCUGAUCUUGUGAUGCCCUGGUUUGUAUUCAUCAUAGGAACAUCUAUAAUGUUAGCAUUUAGCUCCAUGCGAAGGAAAGGUGUGACAAGACUCCAACUUUUUCGGAAGCUGAGCUGGAGAACAGUGGUGCUAAUGCUCAUUGGGUUUUGCUUUAUUAACUACAGCCCCAGAGAUGGUUUAUUGGCAUUGUCCUGGCUGCGGAUACCUGGAGUGCUUCAGCGAUUGGCUUUCACUUACUUUAUUCUGUCACUAAUGCAGAUGCUUUCUCCCUAUCGAGAGAUCCCACAAAGUCAGGUCCGCUGGUGGAGCCCUGUUCAGGAUGUGAUCCUCUACUGGCCUGAGUGGAUUUUUAUUUUGUUUCUAGAGACGGUGUGGCUGUGUGUGACCUUUCUUCUGCCCGUACCCAACUGCCCCACUGGGUAUUUAGGAGCUGGAGGUAUAGGAGAUAACGGUCUCUACCCCAACUGCACAGGAGGGGCUGCUGCAUAUAUAGAUAGAUGGUUAUUAGGACAUAAUAUCUACUGGCAUCCAACUUGCAAGGCCAUGUAUCAAACAACCCAGCCUUUUGACCCAGAAGGAGUCCUAGGUACUAUCAAUUCGAUUGUCAUGGGAUUCAUUGGAAUGCAAGCAGGAAAAAUUUUUCUCUUCUACCGCAAACUGAACAAGAAGAUCAUCAUACGAUUCAUAAUCUGGGCUGCCAUCCUGGGAAUCUUGGCGGCCAUCCUUUCUAAGUGCACACGAGACUCUGGAUUUAUACCUGUCAAUAAAAACCUUUGGUCCCUGUCCUAUGUGGCCCUUAUGGGCUGUAUGUCCUUUGUGUUGCUGGGUAUGAUGUAUUUUGUGGUGGACAUCAAGGGAUGGUGGGGUGGCCAACCUUUUAUUUAUCCUGGAAUGAACUCCAUCUUGGUGUAUGUGGGCCAUUCCCUGCUGGGCUUUUACUUUCCUUUCAGCUGGGAAAUGCGCAACCAGGACAGUCACUGGGAGCCACUGUUCCAGAGCCUGUGGGGAACUGUACUCUGGAUCUUUAUCGCUUAUUUGCUUUACCGCAAACAUUUUUUCCUUAAAAUCUAACUUUGUCUUUUGUUUAAUUAUGUAGAACGAAAUGACCCAGCUUCCAAAUUAAUGCUUCUCUGUUGGAGUGAUAUAUUCAUUUAAUUCAUAAAACUGAAUGUAGGUUAUUCCCGUUCCCAAUUAGUAAAAAGGUAUAUGUGCUGAAACCUGCCUGUCUGAUUUACUGUUUUCUGCAGACACCUGGGUUUUUAUUUGUUGUCAGUUGCAUAAGACUCUGAAUGUACUGAUUAAAUCAUUGGGGCUGAAGUAGUACUUAACAAAUUAGAAUAAGUGAUUCUCCCACUUCAGGGGUGACCAUUUUGAAGCGGUUGCCAUAGUCAGCCCCCUUCAGGGCUGUAAGACAGAGAGUGAGUACCAUCUGCUCUUCAGCUGACAGUCUUUUAAUAGGGGUCAAGCUGGACUGCUCACCAAGGAGUAGCUCUAAUAAGGGCACACUUUUCAGACUCACUAAUGCAAAAUCAGGAAAAUUACCUUGCUGGUUCUAGUUUUUUUUCACAAGUGGAUCUACAUCAAAUAUGGCAAAGUCAGUACAAGCUUCACUUAUUAACUCUGAUAAAAGAAAUUUGAAUAAUAAAUGUUUAACAGCAUCUCCAACCUCUCUCCCAGCUGUGAGUGGUUAUCAAGGGAGCGUUAGUCAGAAUGGGAAGAUUUAAUUUCUCUGCAUGAGAGUUCUCAGAAGCGGCUUCACAUGGAACAUUUUCAGACGUCCUCUCAUUAACAAACUGCAUUAUGUCUUGGUCCAUAAAAAGAGGAAGUUACUUAACAGACAUUACUUGGUUAUUGUCAUUGUUGUUGUUGCUCUUUUUGUUUACAUAUCUAUCAAAUGUUUGAAUCUUUUGAAUUAUCUUUUACUAUUGUCCUGAAAAUUCAAUCAAAAUAUGUCUCUGUUAAAUUAGGAGAAAGCUUUUCAUUUGGGGCUGAUCAAAUUAACUACAGUAGUCCUAGAAUGAAGCUGAUUAAAUAAUAAAGGAAAUGGAGUAAUAAGCAUUGAUAUACUA